AUGGCACCUCUGAACAACGUGGACGGACUUGUCAAUUUGCGGAACCUAGUUCAAGAGGUAAACGGAACUUCACCUGCUGAUAAAUCAGUACCAAUUGUCUUCGUGCCUGGAUUCUUUGGUUGGGGUGCACCGUUAUUUGGUGCCAUCAACUACUUUGGCGGUGUCAUUAACAUCCCGAAACUCCUGGUCGAUGAAGGAUAUACCGUUAUCGUUGCUCCAGUGGCUCCAAUCUCUACCAACUGGGAACGUGCAUGUGAGCUAUACAGACAGCUCACUGUCGGCAGAUUUAGCACGGUUAACCCAGCGACAAGUUUAGUUGACGAGGUCUAUGACAUCGAAGUCGAUUACGGCUCUUAUUUUGCUGCAGAUCCUGCUCACGCCCCAGAAGACAAUCCUAGCACUGGCAGGAGACGAGCGAUCCUAUUUCCAAACUCACAGUUUCCUAACGACUGGACGUGGGACCGGAGUAACAAAGUUCAUUUUAUUUGCCAUUCACAAGGUGGCAACACAGUACGCUACCUCAUCAGUCUGAUGGCCAAUGGCUCAGCAACUUGGCAUCCCGAAUACUUUGGCGAUGGCGAAGACGAGAGAGAUGACUGGAUCGUAUCUGUCACAACCCUUGGGACCCCUCACAGAGGAACGACUAUUAUAAAUGCCCUCGACAGAUUUAUUUCCAGAUCAAGGCAACAGGCAGUCAGUCUAGUCGCAAGACUCUUCGCUGCAGCAUCCUUCUAUCCUGCAGAGAAAAGGGCUUACGACCUCCAGCUUGACCACUGGGGAAUAUGUAGAAAGAAGGGAGAAACAUUCCAGGACAUGCUUCUGCGUCUGGAAUCAGUGGACGGCCCUGUGUGGAAAUGGCUGACUUCUAACCACAACGCCUUUUACGACAACAGCAUUGAAGGCGUUCAUGACCUUUCCCAUAAGGCAAUCAAUACUUCCGGGAAGGUCUACUACUUCAGCCUAUCCUUCCAUGCAACAGUUCCAUUCCCCGAAGAUUGGCCUGCAUGGGGACUGGAUGCAAUCAACUCCUUUCCUACAAGGCUUGAGGAUUUUGUCCGGGGAGCAACGAGAAAUAUUCCGAUCGUUCCGUGGGUGGUGGACGGACUGAUCGGCAUAAUCACUAGUGCUGGAUGGAGCUUUCUCACUACCGUAACCAGUUUUCGCUCCUUCGUGGAGUGGAUUACUGAUGCAGUGAUAGCUAGGAUUUCCCGAGAACUGGGUUACGAUCUGGUGUUUCCCAAGCCCGGAAGGUACAUCCCACGAAAGGACGUCAUACCAAUAAUGCUGCUAAGCGUCUACGCAAUGGGAGGCCAGGAUCUUACACAGGUGCAAAAGAACAUUCUGGGAGUCAACCAGGAAGACUGGUACCAGAGUGACGGGAUCGUUAACACCGAGUCCAUGCGCGGUCCACUCAACUCCGCCAGGGGUAUCAGUUCUCUACCAGAUUUCGAUUUUAGCAUCCCCGGAAAGAAAGGGAUCUACUGGCACUUAGGCCACAACGAUCAAAUGGACCAUGCCGACGAGAUUGGGGUUUUCAUUGAGCAAAACACAGUGAGGCUUCAAAUCCCAUGCCGCUGGUCCUCCUUACUAACUUUGGAGUAG